CAAAUAUUGAUUGGGGCCAUCGUUAUCACGCGCGCUGCGCCUGCCAGCAGCGCCGCCGCGCGGGAAAAGCGCGAAACGACGGCAAAAAGGAAAACAUCGACUCCUGAAAAGCUCUUACUAGUAGCAUGAGUGCCGUAUAGUUGUAGUGUGAUUUCAUAACAGCAUGGCGUCAUCGGAAAAGUCUACUGGGGCCAUAAAAAAACGCCAAAAACGCAUGGGACCUGCCCCGAUAGCCUCCUUUGAAGACCUAUCUGAUGACAAGUCUAAAAUCGAGUCGACACCAGAGGAGCAAAACUUGGCAGGUUCCGUGGUCAGACUACCUGGUAUUCGGGAAGAUCUGACCCCGCACUCCCCUAGAAGCACCUGCAGCCCCUUGCCGACCUUCACGUACCCGGGAAUAAGCCUGGUGGGCUCUCAGAUGCAUUCCACGUCGCCGCAGCAUCUAAAGUCGCCGAGAGCGCCGCGCAUAGACAUAUCUAGAGCGUCCAGCUCGUCGCAUCACGGCAGCCGAGACAGCACUCCGGACAAGGAAGGCUACGAACACGAUCCUCACAGUGCCAAAUUGGGUUUGGGGUUCAGGGAGGACGGCGCCCUGGAUUUAAGGUCUUCUACCGAAGAGCUGCCGUAUCACGGGAAGCAUAGAAAGUCGACGCACUCUAGAUCGCCCUCGAUACACGACGAGUUCCACAGGAAGGACUCGCAGAGCUCCGAGUUGCUGGAGGUUGUGGGUAGAAGUUCCAGAGUAUCGAGUAUAGGAAGUCAAGGGUCGGCGAAUAGUCGUAUUUCGAAUUUGAGCGCGUAUUCGUAUUCAUCCAGGUGUUCAUCCCCGUACAAAAUGGUGCUAGAGACUUCUUUUUGCGGCAAUAAAACACCGGAUAAGGCCAAACCACCCACGGAUCUGUCCAACAUUAAAAUUGAUCCUGAUUUGGAGAAAGCGCUGUUGUCGCGUAAACACGAUCCGACCAAGGCGAUUUUAGCUGAAGGUAUCGCAACCCCGAAGAAAGUUCCUCAGAAACCUGCCCGGAAAGAAAUGCAGGCUCCGGUUGAUAUCAAAAUAACCAUCGAUCACGCGCAGAAGAACGGUUUGAGUAAGAGUUCGCCUGCCAUGUCGAGGAACGUCUCCGCAAACGGCGUGGAGUAUUUUUACAUACCGCUGAAAGGCAAACUGCCGGAGGACGUUCCAGGCAGUCAAAUAACGGUCCCAAAGUUCAACAAAAGAACCCUGAGGGAGUGCAAGUCGGCUAGUCCAGUGGAGAGACGGAAAAAUCAGCUGGCGAGUCCGAACAAACGGAAAAAGGGCAAAGGGGACGCGAAAGUGCCGACGAAGAGGAGUGCUUCGGCUUUGGAAACGAGCACCAGAAAAUCCAACGAGCCGCAAAUCAUCAGAAUACGCUUAAAGCCCGACCAUAUGUACGAGGACGAGCCCGAGUCGCCCAGGCCCGUGGAGAUCCACAAGCCGGAUUCGUUGGACUUGCAGAGCGUGCAAUACGAAGCCGAGUCGACGGGGGACAGCGGAUCGACUCACGUGCAAAGUUCGCCGAGCGUAAGUCCAAAAAAUUCGCGCAGUAAUGUAGUAAGCGUCACCCCGUCGCCGACCGCCUCGCGGAGGAGCUCAUUCGCCUCAAUUUUCAGGAGCCGCGAGUCGACGCCAGAGUCGCCUGGUGGGAGGCGGUUAAGCGCGUUGUCGGGUUUUGUCAAAGAAGCGACCGACCAGGUAAGCAAACACCUCAAACACAGGCCGCGCAGUAACAGUAAGGACGCGUCGCAAACGCUUUCAGCUGCUCCUUCGUCUUCAGAAUCUAUAGACAGCAAGACCAAGCAGAAAUCCCUGCUCUCGCUGUUCAAGUUCGGAAAAUCGAUCGAACCGCCAUCCCCUAAGCGCACGGAACCGGACGUUAAGGUGGAAGAAGGCAUCGGAAAGGUAGAAUUCAAGUUCAACGACACUCUAACCUCCGAUCGCGAUCACAAAAAAUUCCCCGCCACACCUCUGGUAGGUCGUAUCAUUCAUAUACCUUUGCACUCCCCUACAUACUACACCGAACGCACUAUAGCUCACGACUGGAGCCAGGAGUCGCAAGACACCGUCAUUGAAAACAACCCCAAGGACGAAAUCUCCAUCGAAACCAAAGAAGACGAAGAUGUUCAGCAAGUCGAGAAGAUAUUCAGCAAGGAAAGUUCGACGAGCUCUGAAAAUUUUGUAUUCACAACCCAACUAGGCAAUAACGAAGUUUUCACCACAAAACUACCGAAAAGAGUUGAGGAGACCAACCAUACUGUGGAUAUCAUAGUCCACGAAGCUUCAAGUCCUGUAGAUAUUGACGAUAACGGCAAUAAACAAGAAGAAUUAAGUCGGGAACCAUUCCCAAAAACCAUAGAACAAUCUCCACAAACUUCUAUAGAACCUGUAGAAAGCAUCAUAGAACCCAUAGAAAACACGUGCCUACCGAAAGACACCUCUUUAUCCAACCUAGUCACAGUUGAAGCUUCCCUGAGCUCACUCAGCCUUCUGGACGUAAAUUCCUCCGAUUCGGAAAAAGAUUCUGAAGCCGACAGCUUGCGAAACAACCGCAAAUCGCAAGUGUUGAAGCUUAAACUCUCAGAGCAAGAAAUAAAGGGUCUCGUGCAGGAUUCCUUCGAAGAAGAGCUGCCUUAUGUACCCACAACGUUGCCGCAAGAGCGUUCAAGUGUCGUUCCUAUCGUCCCAAUAUCGCAGAGGUCUUCUUUCGACAUUAAAACGUGCACUAUAGAGAGACCGCGUAGCACCACACCUUUAAAUCCGUCGUGUUUGGAGGAGUAUUGCGAGGAAGUUUUUGGUUAUGUGGAAUCGGUGGCCAAAACCAUAGAGAAAAUUAAAAUAUCCCUACCGAAAACGGACUCCUUCGAUAAAAUGUCGAAGAAAUCCCCCAGAAUCAACUGGCAAGAGUUUGCCGAAAUAGGUAAAAUAACUCGUACCACCCCCACAGCGGCCGAGGAGCCUCCCCCUUUGCCUCCAAAGGGGAUGCAAAAAGAAUGGAUCGAUUUUGAGCAGAUACCGGAAAAAAGGCGACAUCCAAAACGCAUCCAAACCAUCCCAGGGAGAGAUAAAGACAAGCUUCACAAAAAGGUGUCGCAGGAUGGGGUUGUGUACAACUACGUAAACCCCGAUGAGUGCGUGUGCGAAUGCCACGAUCACAUAACGGCAAAACCUAAAGCCAAACCCAAAGAACCUCUACCACAGCCGAUGGACGUCGACGAAGAAGAAGAAUUGAUGCCUCUAUUGGACGAAGAAGCAACCAUUGAACCAAUGGCAUCCACAGAAAGAUUUAGCAAUAUUAGUGAAUCAUCGUCGAGUGCAAACUCCAAAAAGACUAUCCAGGAUAGAAAAAGCUCGCCUAGUGGGAGUAAAACAAGUUUUAAUAUCAAUAAAAGACAUGAGGGGGACCACUGUAAAAAAGACGAAACCUAAUAGCCAACAAAAGUUACUUACGGAAAUCUAUUUAUGAUUUUCUUAUGAGUAUGGAAGUCUUUAACAUUUAUAAAUGUAAUAAAAUAGAUCGAUUAUUUCGUAAUCGGGAUGUGACCCUGUGACCGCAUAAGUCCCCCAAAUAGGUAAUAAGAAACUAAUAAUUCAUAAUUUUUAGAAAAAAUAAAUAAUAAAUACGACAAAACGGGUAAAAUCUAUCAUACUCUGUAAGAAUUAUGAGUCUUAAUGAAUCAGUAUUGCUCUUUAUACCUACUAGUUCAGCUAAAAUGAUUUAUGGACAAUUUGGUUGUAUUAUUUUUUAAAUCUUUAA